AUGAAUAUGCACGUGGUAAGCGUCGUGUGUCUGACCCUCCUACUCAGCGUUGCAGCAUCAUCAACAAACAACACUUUCCUGUAUAUACCAUGGACAAACGCGGACAUCUCCUUCAAUUCGACAUACAAUACAACGUCAGAUUUCAGGAUUUCUGUGAGUCCUUCGCCCUCAGUCCACAUGUUCAUGGAAGCCAGCGCCAUUCUCAACGUGUCUUACUUCAUCGUCUGCGACUCCCCGGACAGAGUUUACAAUCUCAGUGUAUACACAACAGAGAACAAGGUGGCUUUCCUAGCACAGCCUGGGGAUUUCAGCAUAAGGUGCAAUAAUAUAUCCAAAUUGGCAAGUCGGGCCAUUCCCUUGGAAAAGUCAACUCGUGUCUCGGGAACAUUCAGCAUCAACUUACGCUCAGAUCUUAUAGGGAGAACGUGGCUCGUGUUUGAAACAGAUCGAAAUAGGUCUUCACCUCAAGAAACACAGUCCGACACGGAAACAACGACAGGCCAACCGGAGAAUAAUGUACAGAGAUACAUGAUCGUUGUCACACGGAACGCCCGGCCUAUCGACACCGUGUUUAAUGUAGUCAUGUACUUGUUUGUGAUCGCCAGCACUAUAGGAAUGGGAUGUAAGAUCGAGCUGGGCGUGGUCAAAUCGGUGCUGCGAAAACCCGUGGCUCCAGCUGUUGGCUUCUUCUGCCAAUAUCUCGUCAUGCCUUUGAUUGCCUUUGGUGUGGCUAAGCUUGUGACGUUUGAUAUCCCCGCCGUGGGGCUGGGGAUAUUUGCCUGUGGGAUCUGCCCAGGGGGUGGGGCUAGCAACAUCUACUCCUACCUCCUUGGUGGGGACCUGUCGCUGUCUGCUACCAUGACAACCAUCAGUAAUAUAGGAGCACUAGGUAUGGUUCCUCUGUGGAUGUUCACACUGGGUCAGCAGUUUCACGACGACAAGAUGCAGAUCAACAUCCCUUACGCCAACAUCAUCCAGACGCUGGCAUCAGUCAUCCUGCCCAUCUUUGUUGGCAUCAUCAUAAAGUACAAGUUUCAGAAGGUAGCAGCUGUCAUCGUCAAAGUCCUGAAGCCGGUCACGUUGAUCACCAUCGUCAUCCUGCUCACCUUCGGCAUCUACGCCAACCUCUUCAUCUUCAGGCUGUUCAAACCGUCCACGUUCCUGGCCGGGUGCUUGCUGCCGUACUGUGGCUACAUCAUCGGCGGGCUGGUCGGGUUAAUGUUCCGCCAGCCGUGGUACAGAGUCAAGACAAUAGCAAUAGAGACUGGCAUACAGAAUGUAAUGGUCGCCUACCUCAUGUUGCAGCUGGCCCUGCCGCCACCAGAUGGCGAUCUUGCCGCUGUCGGACCUUUAGCUUCCGCUGUAAUGACCCCACUUCCGCUCUUCGUGUUGGCUAUUGGCUAUACCAUUUAUUUGAAAUGCACUAAGCACGAUGAUAACAAAAUUUCAAAGAGAGAACGAGUUGAAAUGGGGGGGUGUAAACAAGAAGAGGAAACAGUCAGAGGUGUCUAG